GCGGCUUUGGCUGGGUGGGAGGGAGGAGAACAGAGCCGGACAGGGAUCCAGAGAUCCAGGAAUCCAGGGAUCCACAGCUGGCCAGGAUGGGACAAUUUCGGCAAGGACUGAUCCCAGCGCUUCUCUGUUAUAACUGAGUAGCCCUUAUGACCAACAUGAGCUGGAGCUUCCUCACCCGCCUGCUAGAAGAGAUUCACAAUCACUCCACCUUCGUGGGGAAGGUCUGGCUCACCGUGCUCAUCGUCUUCCGCAUCGUCCUGACGGCGGUGGGGGGCGAGUCCAUCUACUCCGAUGAGCAGAGCAAGUUCACCUGCAACACCAAGCAGCCGGGCUGCGACAACGUCUGCUACGAUGCCUUCGCGCCGCUGUCGCACGUCAGGUUCUGGGUCUUCCAGAUCAUCAUGAUCUCCACGCCCUCGGUCAUGUACCUGGGCUACGCCAUCCACAGGAUCGCCCGCUCGGCCGAGGAGGAGAAGAAGUUCAAGGGGUUCAAGAAGAAGAAGCAGUUUGCCCUGAACUGGCAGGCCGUGCGCAACAUGGAGGACGCCAUGGAGGCCGACGAGGAGGAGCCCAUGAUCUCCGACGACGCGGCCGAGCACGAGAAAGACAAGGCCAAGCCCAAGUGCAAGGAGCAGCAGAAGCACGACGGGAGGAGGCGUAUCCAGCAGGAGGGACUGAUGAAAAUCUACGUCUUCCAGCUCCUCACCCGGGCUUCCUUCGAGGUUUGCUUUUUGAUAGGGCAGUAUUUGCUCUACGGCUUUGAGGUGGAAGCUUAUUACGUCUGCAACAGGGUCCCUUGUCCCCACACCGUGGACUGCUUUGUGUCCCGGCCCACGGAGAAGACCAUCUUCCUCCUGGUGAUGUACGUGGUGAGCUGCCUGUGCCUGCUGCUGAACAUGUGCGAGAUGUUCCACCUGGGAUUCGGGACCAUCCGCGACGCCAUCCGCAACCGGAAAAUCAACAGCUUCCGGCAGCCCCCCUACAACUACGCCUACCCCAAGAACAUCUCCUGCCCUCCCGAGUACAACCUGGUCGUCAAAUCCGAGAAGUCCACCAAGAUCCCCAACAGCCUGAUGGCCCACGAGCAGAACUUGGCCAACGUGGCUCAGGAGCAGCAGUGCACCAGCCCGGACGAGAACCUGCCGGCGGAUCUGUCCACGCUGCACAAGCACCUGCGGGUGGCCCAGGAGCAGCUGGACAUCGCCUUCCAGAGCUACAGCAGCACCCAGGCCAACACGCAGCCCUCUCGGACCAGCAGCCCCGCCUCGGGGGGCACCGUGGUGGAGCAGAACAGGGCCAACACCGCCCAGGAGAAACAAGGUGCUAAACCCAAGGCCUCCCUGGAGAAAGGCAGCUCCAGCAGUAAAGACGGGAAGACGUCUGUGUGGAUAUAACUCCGUCAGGAAGGCGAGAGGGCAGAGUGAGCGGGGCUUUUAUUUUGGUUUGUUUCUGGUUUUCGGUGUUAUCUCGCGUUUGUUUUGCAGGGCACGAUUUUUGUGUGGAAGCCAAGAGAGUACAAGGAGUUUUGGACCAAUUUAAUGCUGUCUUCCAGUGCGUUAACAAAAGACAUUUCUUCCCUGUUUCCAACGUGUUCUCCAGCUGGGAACCUCCGGUGGGUGACAGGAACCUCCAGAGAGUAACAGCGAACCCCCCACACCUCCCAGCCCCUGGGUCACCAGCGGAGCCCCCGGCAGAGACUGGACAAUGCGCUGUGGUGGAAGGGGAGCUGCUGGUGGCUCAGGAGGGAAGAGAGGCUGACAGGGAUCAGCCACCCUCCUGCAUAGCAAGGCUCGAGUGCCGCAGGCCAGGCAGUGUUUAAUUACUAAAUACCCUUAAUCAAAUUAAUUUCUGAUCCUCUGGUAAGAAAACCACUGAAAUACUGCGCGGACCUUGGUGGCAGGCUCACAGCUGAUGGCCUGCCCGGGCUGGCAGAUGCCAAAGAAGGAUUCGUUGGAUGCUGUGAGCCAGAGCUGGCACCUGUGUCCGGUCUGGGGCAGGAACACAGCGACUGCCUCACACAGGGAGACCUAAAACCAGCACAGGGCUGAAGGUUUCAUCUUCUCUUCCUCUGCAUUGAAGCAAAAAUCUGCUCCAAACCCUCUGGAGCAGGAGUGAGCAGUGACAUUGCGUCCUACUGGUGCCUGUGUAGCACUUGCUACAGAUGUGAUGGGAAUUGUUGCAGUUUCAGAGUUUUUAACAAACUGCUGCUUCACAUCAUCAGAAAGUGCCUUUAUGCAACCAGGAAAACAAAAGCCUAAAGGUUUUAGGCUCCUUUACUUGCUGAAUUUUAAGACGAUCGGCGUCGGCAAAUUUGUUUUCCUGAUUAAUUGAGGAAAAAGCACUGUUGGCAAAUUUGUUUUUCUGCUUAAUCAAACCCUUAUAAAUAGUGGCAGGUGGCAGAGCUAUGCAUAGUGUGUCUCUGGUGUGUGUGUGUGUGUGUCCAUGUGUAGAUACAGACACGUAUGAACACGUGCGUGUGAACGUAGGCAUAGAGAGAUAGGUGUAAACGUAAAAUAUCAACCCUCUGCUCCUUCUAGAGCCUUCCACCUCCCCUGAGGAAACCCAGCUGCUCCAGGACUGGGGCUGAUCUCACCCUGGGGAUUUCAGCCUCCAGCCCCACCUGGGGAACUGGGAGGGGUCCCACACUUGCUGGGGGGGCUUUGCAGAAGAUCUGGCUUCAGUGGGUACCAGGACAAUAGCAGGAAGUUUUUCCUGAGUUUAUGAGGAAUUUUUUCAGCUGGGCUUGACUUCAGGGUGGUUUUCAUGCACUUACAGUACUUUGGGUGUGUGUUAAAAUCAAGCUGCUGAGCUGCAAGGUUCCUACUGUUCUUUGUCAGAGCAUGGUUUCAUCACCACCACCACAGGGAGCCCAGAGAGGCAGAGCCUACAAGAUCAAACCUAUUGCAAAAGAAGUAAAUUCUCCCUGAACACUGCACUCCCUGUGCCAAGCUGUUCCCUCGGGCUGUGCCAGGAUUUCUUAUCCAUGGGAUAUUCAUGGCUUCUCGCUGGACAUCACUCUCAUGUCCUUGAGAUCAGGCCCUUAAAGCCCUGAGGAUGCCUGUUCCACAAGUGUCCAGCCCUUUGGCCAUUCUUGGUAGCAGGCAGAGAAUUUGGAUAUGCCCUUCAUCUCCUGGGAACUUCAGCUGAGCUGUGUGAUGCAUUAGAGAGCAGUCCUGGAAGCAAAAAAAAAAAAAAAAAGUAGAAUUAAAAGGAAAGCAGAGAAACAUCCCAUGAAAUGGGAUCCAGCAGGAAAUAUUCAUCUUUGUGGCUUUGUGUAGCUGUCUGGGGAAUGCUUCCAGGCUUGUUCCUGGUCCUGCUGAAGGCAUUGGUAAAAUGCCUGGAAUGCUGUUUGCUCUUGCUUCCCCUCUCAAAUGGGGUGACUGGAGCCAGGAGGAGGAUCAGCACAGCAGCACUCAGUAGUGACAUCCAUCCAUCCAUCCCCUUCUGCUGGGAAUUUUGCAGGAAAGGCUCAGAAAGGUCACACCGUGUUGGUGGGGAGACAAACAUAUCCAGCUGCUCUGUUUGUCCUUGUCCCACGUGUGGGAAUGUGCUCUCUGCUGGCUGGGGACGUGCUGGGCACAGCAGGAGAGGCUGGGUGCUCACAGGGCUGCUGUCACCUGGAAAAAAUGCCUGCAGGGUCACAGCCCAGGCUGCUGGGGAGGAGAGAGAGGUGAUCCUGGGUGGAAAUUUGUUCCCUGGUCGCUGCAGCUGUCCAGGGCAUGAGCUUGUCCUCUACAUCAGUGGGACUUCUCUUUUAUUCCCAGCCCUGUGUCCCACGGGAAUCUGUGUGUAUUUAAAGUCAUGAUCCCAAGGGAAGGAUGGAAACUCUGAGGAUAACCAUGGCUGGAUGCUGCCUGGGUUCUUCUGAUUCCUUUUCCAUGAGCAACGAUACCGCAGCCCCAGAUAAACUCGUGCUUCCCACACGAUGCUGGAAGGCAGCGUGCCCUGCAGGAGCUGGGAGUUUGGAUUUCUCCUGCCCCUACCAGCGACACCUCCCUCAGCACCAUUCAUGGUCUGAGCACUUCCUGGUGACUCAGAUCUGCCCCUCAGUUCCUGCUGACCUGCAGAUCCCCCGUGAGUCACCACACCGGGGAUAGGAAUGUGACUCCCUCGCAAAUGCUCCAGGAAAAAAUCUUGGCAAAUGCCUCGCCGUGAGGAAAGCGGGAGGCAGAUUUUAAGCCAAAACCCCCCCAAACCUGGUCACAGAGACCUGAUCAACCCAUUAAACCCAGUCUAGACAGCAGGGCUAGCACCUGCUGCCCCAGCAAAACCCCAGCAGUGCCCAUGGGAGGAGAUUCCAGGUUCAGAGCAGGAGGGUGGGAAAAGACCAUGGACUUUGCCAACUUGCCACCAUCAAACAGCUCCCUCAAGGGUGACAUGAACCCCCUCUCUGCACCCCCAUGGAGACAUGGAGAAGUCUCAUGCCCUUAACCUCUGCAUAUUUUGUCUGUCUGGAGACUGUUUUCCCCCUCAAAUCUGCUUUAAGCUGAACACCUCCAAUCUCAUCAACCUUUCUCCAAGGGCUGCUUUUCUAGAGUUUUUUUCCCCGUUUGGACCAACACCAGCCACCUCACUCAUGUCUUCCCAGCAGCGUGGCAGUGCUGGUCCUCGUGCCAACUUCUCUCCCUGCACUCUGGUCCUCCCAAUCUCCUGCAGGCCUGGGGAUUGCUCUCCUCCCCAGAUGUGUGGAAUUCCCCAGCCAGAAUCUUCCUGCCCUCCUUCAAACCCCCUUUUUACUGUCACACGGUGAGCCCAGGGGGCUCUGAGUGACCCGUGGGUCCUGCAGAGGGUUUGGAUCCUCUUCCCAGCUGGUGUCACCCUCACAUCUCAUCCGCACACGCUGCUUUCCGCAGGGAGAGUCAAUAACUGCAGUAUUGACGAGUACCAGACCCAGGGCAGACUCUUGGGGGAUCAAUAACCCCCUUGUCGGGCAGGGACACAGGGUAACCACCCCCAGCCCUGCUCAGCCCUCAGGCCUGGAGUAGUUCCCUGCAUAACAUCCCUUCCCAAUGGGAGCUGAUCCUCCUUUCCCAUGUUUCCCAAGGACUCAAGCACAGGGGUGUAUUCCCAGCAGGAAUACUCUGGUGUCAGGGAUGCAAAGUUGCCUGGGAGGUCCCAGCCAGCCUGGAGGACACUGCUGAUCCUCUGAGCCUGGGCAGGAGGGAUCCCAGUUCUCCCAGAUCCCAUCUGGGCUGCACACAGGAGCCAGCAGGGGUCAAACAGCCCUAGAAACAGAAAAUAUUAUUGUUAUUAUUAUUAUUGUUAUUAUUAUUAUUAUUGCUACAUAUACUGAUUUGCUCACUUCCCCCUUCUUCCUCCACUCUGUGACCUAUAAACCUUUUAGGACGUUGGGUUUCACCACUGAGUCACUGCCACAAAGGUGACCAAAUGCAAUGAUGACUCUGCAGGAAUGACUCCUUUCAGGGCAGGAGCAACAGUCCCUUCCUUUAUCCUGUCAGUUGGGGCAGGAAAAGGAUAGAGCAGCAAAAUAUUUACAGCCACAAGCAAAAUCCCCACCACAACUGUUCUGAACUCAACCAGCAGCUCGAGGAAAUUAAUUUAGAGGGUGAAGUGUCAGCCACGGAAGAAAUGCCAAUGGUAUAAUUAAUGCUUUGCUUUUAUUUUUGUGUUUUCUCCAGGUAGCAGUUUUGUCCACACACAAGACAGGUUUAGCUUUGUGGCUGAACUAAUCAUAAACGUUGACUUUCUCGCUAAACUUGGUCAGAUAAAGUGCCCACACUUAUAUUUCUUUUCUUACCAUUCAGGGCCAGGAAUGUCCCACAAAAGCCAGAUUACCUUCUUGCUUGCAUUGCAUUCCACUGGGAAAUACUUGAACUUAACUCAAGGCCAUAACCAGUCUGUGCUGUUACAAAGUGUCUGGGAUAGGUUUCUUUUGUUUUGUUUUGGGUUUUUUUUUUAAAUUUUUUUUUUAAUGUACUAACUGUGUUUGUACUAGAAAUUUUUGGAGUAUGAGGUUGAAUCUGUAAGUAUUUUUCAGUGUAAAUGUUACACCUGGGCUGUAGUUAGAAUAUUAAACACUGGUCAAAAGGGAAAAGGACACCAGUCCAACUCAACUGUGGCUAUUCCACACCCAUUACUAAUAAAAUGGAAUAAAACUUACAUUUUGUUACA